UGUUAUCAAAGACUCUCACCAUUGGGGGCGCUACAACACCAGCUGUUCUUGCGCGGCUGGGACUUUGGAUUUUCGUUAUCGGAGCCAUCAUUCACAAUGGGUACGCUCUCAAGGAUGGCGACUGCUUGCGCUCGGACUCGGCCUCGUACUUCCAGCUCUCACCCGGGGGCUACGACCCGACCCAAAGGCAUGGACGGCGCCCGCUGCCAGAACCUGUGCGCCUCCAUAUCGGCGCCCUACUCGGGCAUCCAGUCCAACCGCUACUGUCUCUGCUCCGACGACCCAUUCGCGGAGCGACUGACGGCCACCAAGAAGGACGUGUGCGACAAGGGCGAGCAGCUGUCGACACGCUUCUUCCACUCGGACCUCUUCUCGCCCGUCGAGGGACUCCGUGUGAUGCCCUCCUCGUCGGUGGUGAACGUCGGCGAGGAAGUCACUCUGCACCUGGCUGUCAAGUCCGGUCGCAAUGCCACCGUGCUCUUCAACUUCGGCGACGGACUUCCCGGAACGCAGGGUACGCUGAAUACCGAACCCCGCUACAUCUACUGGAGACCCGGCACCUACAAGAUCGUCGCGCUCGCCACUCCCGUCGGUGCCUCGGACCUGUACACGGUUCGAGCAGAGGCCAUGGUGGUGGUGACCACAGCUCCCGACGAGGACUCGGUGCACUGGAACUGCCCCGCGCUGGUGGAGCCUGGGGCCGGUUUUACCUGCCACCUGAGUGUGAGCGCGGGCGCUGACAUGACCGCUGAAGUAGACCCAGGUGAUGGUUCACGACGACAGGUCAUGAAACUGCCCGACGUGGUGCCCAUAUUGAUGGGAGAGCCAGUGCCCCAGUUCCAGACGGAGGAGGUUGUGGCGGACGAGGACGACUCUGCCGACUCCGGCGUGCUGCCGAUGGCACGAACCGUGCACUCGGGUCAGAUUGACGUCAUCCACGGAUAUGGAAGCGUCCCUGGAAAGAUGGACAUACUUCUCCUGCGUCCCACAUGUCAGGGUUGCACCUUCCUGGGCAACAACGUCACCUGCCACGAGGGGGCCUCACUAUGCUCGCAGGAAGCCAACUGUCUGCGCAACGACCAGUGUCCCAAGAACCAGGUCUACUCGAUCUACAAGAUGGUCGAAACCAUCUCCAUCAUGGUCAACAAGGGCUACUUCGUGCACCGCCUAUCCAGCCCGGUGCCCAUAGUCGCCGGAGACAUCCUGGGCUUCACAACUUCGGGCGGCCGCUUGGCAUACCGAGCCACCCACAGUGGCGAGCCCUCUGACUUGGUCAAGCGGAAUCAGCUUAAAGGACAGGCCGUCCGCACCGACGACCUGCUGGAGAUGGGACGGCGAUACUUGGUCGGCGCUCUGCUUUCCUCCGCCGUGAACCUCACCUACGACUACCUCUACGUGGAGCCCGGCGCGUACGAGUUCAGGAUCAGCCUGCAAAACAGGCACCACGACACGACCGUACGCAAGAUGGCCGACGUGAGCAGUCAAGAAAAACUGACCAGCUUCCGUCUCGAGGUGUCCCGCAACCAAGUGCCGACGGGGACCGAAGUCGAGAUUACUGCACGCAUGUUUGGUGGGAGUGACGUCACAAUGGUGUGGAACUUCGGCGAUGGUCAAACCACGAAGGAAGUUGUCAAAAGCGUCCUAGCAGGACAGCGUUUCCUGAAGAAGCACAUCUUCAAGGACCCCGGCACGUACGUGGUGCAGGUGAAUUCGUCCAACCUGCACGGGAACUUCAUCGCCCGCCGAAGUAUCUCUGUCCAGAGACCCGUCACCGAGGCCUGGGAGCUCUUCACCAACUCUCCGGUCAUCCUACCGGAGGCCAUCUACCUGACCCUGACCUACCCCAAAACGGAGAAGCUGCCCACAGACGCCGUGGCGCGAAUAGCGUUCGGCGACCGGCAGAAGACCAAGUGGAAAGUGCCCAGCGAGUCCGCCGAGAAAGUGUCGCAGAAGUUCAGCCACGUCUACCUCCGGCCUGGCUACUACAAUGUCGCCGUCAACAUCUCCAACCUGAUAUCGCACUACGUUCUCACUACCAGG